UUGCUCUUUCUCUGUAAAGAGCUUUCACCCAACAGUUCAAAUCGAACCCGGUAAAAAGAACAUCGCGAUUUUUCGACUCCCUCCGCCGAGGCGCAGCUAACAAAGAUGACUCAUUAGCUGCAGUAUCGCGCGCUGGCUCUUUUACUGGGAACGAGACGGUACUACAACGAAUCUGCAUAUCAUCGACUCUCGUGUGAGAGUGGCUUAAUUGCCUUCCUCGAGAUCGCAACCCGCGGCUUACGUAUAUAACCGAUGCGCGGCCGAUCUUUUCCUUCAAACACCGCCUGAGAGUCCGAGCAGGAGCUACGCAGGAUAUCCGCAACCGGAAUAGAAGAAAGCCGCGCAAUGAGACGAGUGAUAUAUUGUGUGACACUGCUGGCGAUAAUCUCGCUGAGUUUGAGCGAAGCGCGAGUCCGACAGCGUGCAAACAUCGCGCCGAAUCCCACCGAUCAACCGGCAAUCGGUGAGACCGAUUUCACGCGAUCACGCACAUCCACGGAUAACGAGAGACACGUUAAGCGACUGCAGUCUCGCAAUCAGACCGGGCCGAAUGGCGAGGUAAUCCACUUCGAUUUCGAGGAGGAUAAACCGGGCAUUAGCGCGUACGGUUUGCCGAGAAAACAUCUGCAAAAUAAUGGCGUUAUCGAGAGGCUGCACGUGAGAGAAGAUCGGAUCAGCGACGCUCCGAAGAGUGCCCGUCUGGUGGAAGUCUACGGAAUGCCGAAGGACAAAAUAGCGACUAAUGGUUUGAUCGAGAGACUGCCCUUGGCAGCAGCAGCUGCGAAUCGGCAGGCCGCGAGAUUAGGAUCGCACGAGGAAAACUUCGACGUCCGGGCGAGGAGAUCUGUUCGCGAGGGACCGGAGAACAAGGUCGGGGAGAAAGUCGCCAGCGAGGCCGAGGACAUGCAGGCGCAAGACACCAUGGUUUUCAGGCCGCUGUUCGUCUACAGGCAACAAAUAGCCAACAGGCAGAGUCGGAAGCGCUCGAGAAAUCUCACGCACAGAUACCAUCGGCACGCAAGUCACCAUUAUUGCGGUCACUAAUCAGUUGAUCGAUUCGUUUGACGACCACGGAUUCGCAUUGACGUGUCCUUCGUCCCGUGGAAGGACCAAGCUAGAGGCUCAUCAAAUCGACGAUCCGGGGGAUGCUAUUUUGGAAGCGUUACAAGUGUCAGCUCGAGUAUUCGAUAGUUCGUGGAGCGACCACUGCUUUUGGCGCGUCGCGAAUCGCGAUACUUCGCAUUUCGUCUUUUAUACGCAGUAACCAUGACUUGGUGUCUCUUUUUUCUACGCACCAAAAAGUAUUAUGAAAGUUAGCGAUUAGUUAAUUUUAGAUAACGAUCUUAGCUUAUUCUAGCGCGACGUCACGCGGACAUAUUAAAUGCUAUUGCCGUAAGAUGUAUGUAGAUUGCUAAUAAAUUCUUAAUGCCGUACACGGACGUUUAUUCAUAUUUGAGCACGAAGAUGUAUAUUUUUACGGCGCAAUAAUUCAGUGACACUGAUUAUAUACAUUGGGAGAUAUUGAAUAAGAGAGUAAAUACGCAUUUUGACGUAAGUUACAACACGUUUCAACAAGAUUAGCUUGUAAAUAACGUGAAUAUCCCAAUAAGUAACUUCGUUGUGAAAAUUAACUAAUUAAUUAAUAAUAUACGCGUUAAGCUAAAUAUACACAGAAUCGAUUUUGUUAGAAGGCUUAAACAUUUGAGAUUUUAAUUGCACUAUAUUUUUCUAAUUUAUGAGAAGAUUUUACUUUAUUUAUAUUAUAUUUUCUCAAAAGUGACUAAGAUAUAUCAUUUAAUGAUAUGACAGUUUACUUUUGUUCCGAUUUGUGACAUGAAAUGAAUGUUUCGACUAAUGACCAAAUAAUCGUGCGUGCGCCAUGAAAAUAAAGAAAUCUAUAAAUUAAUUAAUGAGAAAUAAUAAAUAAUUAUUAUUCGAAUAUCACAAAUAGAUACAAAAUCAUAAAUGUUUUACUGACCUGUUACCGACUUAAAUAUGACAAGGAUGACAAGGAUACAAUUUACAGGAUGAUGACUCAUAUUUAUAAUAAAUUCUGGAGAAAAAGAUUAUGAAAAGAUUAUUAUGCUAUUUUUCCAUAAUAAAUAAGAUUUACAAAUCACGUGUUGUUACUAGAAAUAGGGACGUUCAUAUCAUUUUGUCAUAUUUAUUCAGAUCACUAAUCAGGACAAAUAAAUAUCUUAGUCUCGAUUAAUUAUAUGUAUAAAUUAAUUGCGAAAAUUACGUAUCCUCUAAUUAUUUUCUCUACUUAUAAAAUAUUCUUUAAUCUUCUUUCAACUUUGAUAUUUCAAUCGCUUGAAGUUAAAAUAUAACUGCGUAGAUUUAGCAAUAAGAUAUAUGAUAUUAUGUGUUUUGCAAUGUCGGCGAGUAAUUGUUUGAACUAUCACUGUCAGCAGUAUAUUUGGAAAAUUAUGAUGUUCCAGAAUUUACUCUGUGACUUUUAAUUUAAUGAACCUGCUGUAACUAUAAAAUAUAAUAUAAAUAAUAAAAUUUAGUAAACACAG